AUGAUGACAGAAAAAUAUUGUACAUUACCAUCAACAUCAUCAUCAUCAUCAUUUUAUUACUCAACAAUAUAUCAUUCACCAAUAACAAAAAAUCAUAUACGUGAAAUAAAAAAUCGUCUUCAUUCUCAAAAAAAACAAAUUUCAACAUUAUAUGAACAAAAUAAUAUGAAAUUAUUAAUUGAACAACAACCAACAAUACGAACACAUUCAUUAUAUGAUAUACAAGACCGUAUUAAUUAUUUUGAAAAGAAAAAAAUAAUAAAAGAUGAUAUUGAAAAUAUUUCAAAAGAAAAACUUCUUUCUAAUCCAUCAUUAUCAUCAACAUCAGCUGAAACAUUACAAUCUGUUAUUGCUAAUACAUUACAACAAACAUUUUUUAAUCAUGAAUCUUAUGGUAGUGCAUUAUCACGUACAAUGAUGAAUUCAACACGUAAUAAUAAUUUUCUUGGUAAACGUCGAAGUUUUUCGACUAGUCAUCUUAUUUGUUUAAAUGAUCAAAAACGAUCAAAUCGUUAUUAUUCAUCAUUAUCUAAACGUGUACGAACAUAUUCUUUAUCAAAUCAUUCAACAAUGGCUAUGAUAGCAACAGCAACAUUUUCUGAAGAACAAAAUACUGAAUUACAAGAAACAAAUAGUAAUGAUUAUGAAAAUACAUAUUUUUAUCCAGAAGAAACAACUCGAUUAGAUGAUGCUUUAUCACUUACAACAAUUACAUCAAAUGUUCAAGCUAAAAUAACCAAUACACAACAUGAUGUUAGUGUUUGUUCAUCAGAUACAACUGUAUUUCAAUCGGAUUCCGAUGAUAAUUCAGAAGGAAUAAAACCUAUUGUUCAACAAUAUAAUAAUACAAAUGAUAUUAAUAUAUCGACGAAUUUACAAAAUGAAAAUAUCAAAAAUAAUGAUAAACAGAUUAUUCGAAUACGGCUUAAUUCAACACUAUCAGAUCAUGAUUUUACCGGUGUAGUUCAUGCAACAAAAUGUACAGUUGUUAAAGAACAUGAAUGCUUAUCCGAUUAUGACGAUGUUAAUCAUGGUUCUAAACAAAACAAUAAGAUAAGGUCAAAUAUAGACAAUAUCUCAUUAAAUCAAUCGAUGACGUCGUCUUUACAACAUGAACAUUGUCGAAAAAUUUCUAUCGAUGAACAACUAAAUCAACAAUUGAAACAAACAAAUGAAAACGAAAAUAAUAAUGAUGUUUAUAGUCAAGUAGAUCAACAAGAAAUAGUUCAUUCGAUAAAAAUGAAUAAUCAUAUUGAAAUGAUAACACGACAAGAAAAUCAUGAUGAUGAUGAUGUUGAUGAUGAUGAACAUUAUUCAGAUGAAUCACAUUAUUCAGAUGAUUUAAGGUACUCAUCGGAUGCAGCUCGUAACAGCUGUGCAAGUGACGAUCUUAAUAAUACAAGUUCAACAUUACGUCAAGAAGCUAUUUCAAUAACCCGAGUUCGUUGUAAACGACGUAAAACAUGGAUACGUUCACCAAGUUCACCAUCACGAUCUGCUGUCAAUAAUAAUAAUAAUAAUAAUAAUAAUAAUAAUAAUAAUAAUAAUACAAAACCAACAAGUUAUCUUCAACAACAACGUUUAAAAACAAAUCUUAUUCAACCAUUUUUAUCAAAUAAUCAAAUUGAUGGAACGGAUGCUUGUCAAAACGCAAACGUGAACUCAACGAUAACAACAAAAACAGCUACAUCGACUGUUCUCAAUCAAACACGUGUUAAAGCAACUGGAGCAACAAUGUUAUUACACAAUAAUUCACUAGAUUGUAAUAAUAAUAAUAAUAAUAAUAACAACAAGAAUGGUGAAACUCCGUCUUAUGCUUUCAUACCAUUAAAUGAUGAUUAUCAUUCGAUAAAAACGGAUGAAUCACAAAUAUCAAAAACAACUAGCACACUUCUUCCAGACGCAUCAUCAUCAUCAUCAUCAUUAUGCAAGGUUAACGAUUUUUAUCAAUCAUCGUUAAGUCCUGUUAAACGUUUAUUAAACGAAAGUAUAGAUUCAAAUAUUGAAAUCAUCCAAAUGGAUGAACAAGAAUGUAUAUUUGAAAUAGUUGAUGGUGUUUUAACAAUUGUACCAAAAGAUAAAUCAAUAUCAUCAUCAAUAAGUAGUAAUAUAGAAAAAAGUUCGGAACAAAAAAAUAUUGAUUAUAAUUCUCCUAUACAUCAAAAACAACGUUCAUCAUCGAUUGCAUCAUCAGCUUCAACUCCAUCAUUAUCUGAACAUGAACAAGAACGUGAUGAUUCGUCAUCAUCAUCAUCAUCAUCAUCAUCAUCAUCUCCUCCUUUGUCAUCAAAACCAUUUGUAAAUUCACAUGAUAUUCCAUCAAUGAAACUUUUAUCAUCUAUACAAACUGAACAAUCAGCUGAUGUUCUUGAUUUAUAUUCUGCACCAAUAAUUCCAAAUAAUAAAAUUCAAAAAAAUUUACUUGAUGAUUCUUUAUCAUCAGUUUCAUCUGCUAGUGACCGUCCAGCUCAAAUAAAAAAACAAAAAUCAAAUAUUCCACGCUCAUCGUCACCAAUUAAUAAUAAACCAAAAUUGCCAACAAUCAAAGUUACUUCACCAUCAUCAAUUGAAUAUCAAACUCGUUCAAAUAAAACUACUGUUCUUACUGAAUUACUUAAAACUGUUAAGAAAACUUCAGCAAAUAACGAAACAGAUUUUGACAAAUCCAAAUUUAAUUCAUCAAAAACUGAACCUGUUACGAAAAUUUCAACAAAUAUUGAAAAAUCAAAAACUGAUUAUCCAAUACUUAAAACUGAACCCAAACCAAUUCCUAAACCAAUUAAAAAAGAUCGUAUAAACGAAUUUGCAUCUCUUUUAUCAUCAUCUGUUCAUUUAACUCAACCACAAUCAAUUAAAAAACCAAUAAUAUCAACAUCAAAAAUUAUAUCAUCACCAACACGUUCUGAAGAUCAAAGUUUUUCAUCAGUACCAUCAUUAAGUAGUGAUCGUGACGAACGUGAAUCAUAUCAUACAGUUAAAUCAAAUAAUUCAGAACAAGAACAUAUUAAAAAACAUAUUGAUGCACGUUAUAAUGAUAGAUUAGAUGAUCGUGGUACAAUUAAAGUUAAAACAGCUAAUAUAAAAGCUUUAUUUGAACAAAAAAUUUGUGAUACUAACAAAACAUUAUCUCAAUCGAAUGAACAUUUAUCACAUUUAACUGAAGUUAAACAACAUCACCAUAAAAAAAUACCUAUUAGUUAUGGAAGUUUAAAAAGAAAUCUACCAAAUCAUCAACAAACAAUACCAAAUAAUAAUAAUAAUAACAACAAUAAUAAUAAUAAUAGACUAAAAUCAAAUCAAGAAUCUUCUGCAAUGAAUAAAUAUACUGAUCAUAUUAUUGGAACAAAAGAUGUUGUUAUCGAAGAUAAACAGCCUGAAAAUGGUUACGGUAACAAUACUCGUCGACAUAGUCUUGAACCAAUAGUUCGUCCAACUGUUAAUUCAUCAUCUAAUUCUCCUGUAUCUGCAACAAAUACUUCUUAUGUAGAAUCUUUAAUUGCUCGAGAAAUACGUGAAACACACGAAAAAGAAGAAGAAUUAAAACGUCAACGAAAAAAAUGUGGUCUUAUUGAAGAUGGAUCAAUGUCAAUGUCAAUGUUAAAUUCAACAAAUGAUUCAAUAAAAUCUGAACCAACAUUAACAACAAAUCAAUCUAUUAAAAAUAGUUCAUUUUUAUCUAAUUUAGAUUUUUUUACAUCAAAAACAAAUGGUAAUUCAUUAAAUGAAUCAACAUCAUCAAUCUCAUCUCCACGUCGUUCAACAAUUUUAACACAAAAUAUUAUUUAUGAUUCUAAUAAUUCAUCACCAUCAAAUACUUAUCGUCAAUCAUCAAAUGAUGAAUUAAAACAAAUGUCAAAUGUUGUUUCACAAGAAUUAAAUCGUUUUAAUGAAAAUGGUAUUUCAAUAAUUCGUACAGGUUCAACAAAUGGUUCACUUUAUCGUUCAUCAUCAAAUCAAAAUAUUCUUUCAACACAUAAUACAAAUAAUAAUAAUAAUAUAAUUCAACGUGAAAUUGAAAUUAUACGUGCUAAAGAAGCUGAAUUAAGACAAUUAGGUCGAAUUCAACAUACAAGUGAUGAACAUGCUGAUCCAAGAAAAUAUCAAGAACAUAUUACAACAUUACCAAAAAGUCAAUCAAUUAAUACACUUUCAACAGGAAAAAUACGACGUGAUAGUGAAAGUCAACAAAUAUCACGUCAUCAUGGACCAAUGAUUGCAACAACAAAUGGAUUUUUAAAACCUAAAACAAAUAAUUCAUCAAUACCAUCCGUACGUGGUAAAUUUCCAAGUCCAAAUCCUAUAGCACCAAUUGUUAGUUCAUCAAAUAAAUCAAAUGAUUAUUCAAAAUUAUCAUCAACUGAUCGACUUGAAUUAGAAAAACGUCAAUGUCAAGAACGAGAACAAGAAUUAAGAAAACAACGUAAUUCAAUAAAUGCUAGUACAUCAUCCACAAAUACAACAAUCACUGGUGAUUCUGGCAAUGCAUCACAAGAAGAACAUGACGAAGAUCAAGAACAUUAUUUCGAAAAAAUUGAACGAUUAAAACGAACAGAAAAUGAAAAAGCUCAUGCACCAUUAAUUCGUCCAGCUAAAAAAUUAGAUAUGUCACAAAAAUGGGAACAAAUGAUGGCAAAUAAAACUGAUGAAUAA